AUGGCCGUUCAAUACUUACUACAGAGGAGGUUAAGACAUCUACGGUCUGUCACAUUGAACAACAUCGUACUUCAGAUAGAUAAAGUUGUUAACAAUGAAGAGCAAACAUACAGAGAGGCUAUUCGUUCCCUUGAUUGUUUUUUCAUAAUAGAGAAUCUCAAAGGAGAUGUAUCACUUGUCAGUGAGGUACAGAGAAGCCCUUUGAAAUCCAUUCAAUUCAAUGAUGUCAAUUUUUGCGGUGAUAGUACUAGCAAAUUUAUCAUAAAACUCGUUGUACAUAUACCUGAUGAAUUAUUUAAAGAACCGGAUGCUGAUAACCAAUGGUGCAUUGUUAAGGAAUAUUUAGUUGAUUUAAACCAACUUCAACUUAUUGAUAUGAAAAAUGAUAAUGUGUUAACAUCAAAUGUUCCAAUUUUUAUUUUGGAUGAUGGUUGUUAUACACUUAAAGGUAUAGAUAUUGAAAAGGGACCAUAUUAUCUAUCGUCGAAUGAGUCACACAAUCAAAAUAAGAUAUUUAGGAGUUCGAAGAAAUCAUUUACAUAUAAUACCAUAUUAAAAUUGAAUAAAUUACUCGAAUAUAUAGGUCAAACCCAUGAGGAGACUAAAAAAAUAUCAUCAAAAUUAGAGAAACCAUUAAGUAAAUCACAUAAAUUAAACAAUUCUAAUUGUGAAAACAUUGAAGCUUAUAAAGACCAAAUAAAGAAGUUGAUUUCUAAGAAGAAGGCAAAAAUAAAAUUAUUGAAGGAAGAAAUGGAGGGACAUGAAACUUUAAUACGAUCAAACACAGCUUCAUCCGUGGAUAUAACAGAUAAAACAAAUGUCAAUGAUCAGUAUGGAAGUAUGUAUUCAAAUCUUUUCGAGAUUCGAAAUAGCUUAGCUCAAUGGAGAACCAAAAAAUUGAGUCAAUUAAUAUCCAUAUUUAAAGUUCAGAAUUUCUUUGAUCUGGCAAAACAACUAAACUGUGAUCAAUACAUCUCAAUUGUAAAUAAAAAAGAUUUAGAACUGGGUAACAAUAGAAAUCAACAACAAAUCGUAUUAUCUAUUAUUAAAAAAGAUAGAUUACAGGCACAGAUUAAUAAAUCAUUAGAUACCCAAGAACGGAUUAAUACUUUCUUAGGAUAUUUUCUAUUGUUUAUAGAUAUUUUAUCAAAUAAUAUAUUUGAUAUCGUUGUACCAUCUAAAUUAAUGUUCUAUGGAAGUACAUCCAUAAUUAAUAAAGUGUACCCAUUAUAUUUACCUCAUGCAUACUCCACAUACAACCAAGAACGAUUUUAUGAAGCUAUUGAUUUAUUCAAUAUUAAUAUCCAGCAAUUAAAACAGUAUUUAACGGACCACUAUAAUAAUAUAUAA